AUGAAACAUUUGGCAAAGAAGACAAGGUCGAUAGCUGAAUGGAUAGAUCGUGGCCAUAUGAAAAUGGAAUAUGUGCCGACCGCUGAGAAUGUUGCAGAUAUUUUCACCAAGGCAUUGGGACCUUGCGUUUUUGAGCGGUUGCGUGACCAAUUGAAUAUCGAAAACGUGCAAGAAGCUUGGUUGUCCGAGGACAUACUAGCUGUCACUGUGGCAACUGCACACAAGAAUGAGAGAUUAAGAAUUGAAUGCGCAAGCUAUCGAUGA